CAGACCGAGCAGCGGGCUGAGACCUGGAAGAGGAGACUGAGGCCAGAGACACCACACAAGGCUGAGUGAGACCCAGGAGACAAACUCUGAGAGGACACUUGGGUCCCCACUUGGAAUAGAGACCAGAGACCAGAGACCAGGAUGAAGCUGGACUUGGCUGUGUGUUGUGCGCUGGUGCUGAUGCUGAUGACCACGGUGCUGACCAGCACAGGAGCAGUUCCCGUCACCACGCCCCUCCCGACCCCCCUGGGUGCAAGGGGCUGCAACAUGGCCCAGUUCAAGUCUCUGCCCCCACAAGAGAUGAAGGCCUUCAGAAGGGUCAAGGAUGCCUUGGAAGAGUCCCUCCUGCAGAGGAACCGGAGCUGCGGCUCCCGCCCACUCCCCAGGACCCGGGACCUGAGGCAGCUGCAGGUGUGGGAGCGCCCUGUAGCCUUGGAGGCUGAGCUGGCCCUGACACUGAAGGUCCUGGAGACCGUGGCUAACUCGACCCUGGGGGACCUCCUGGACCAGCCCCUUCACACACUGCGCCACAUCCACUCCAAACUUCAGGCCUGUGUCCCAGCUCAGUCCACAGCAGGCCCCAGGCCCCAGGGCCACCUCCGCCAAUGGCUGCGCCGCCUCCAGGAGGCUGAGAAGAAGGAAUCCCGUGGCUGCCUUGAAGCCUCUGUCGCAUCCAACCUCUUCCGCCUCCUUGUCCGUGACCUGAGAUGUGUUGCUGAUGGAGACCUGUGUGUGUGA